AUGGUGAUAUGUAAUGGCUCGGAGAUGAAAUUGAAUGUUACGCACGACAAAGUACCAAGGAAGCUCAUCUGCAGUUCGUCUACGCUCGAUGCUUACCCGGUGUCUCCAGAAGAACACACCUGCAUCCAUACCAAGAGCACUACUGCACUGAUAGCACAAAAGAACCAUUUCUGGCUAGACACGAGGUUGGACAUGUCUGAAAACCAGCCUUCGUUUGACACCAAGUGGGCGUCAUCGUUACUGCCGCUGGUACAGUGGGGAUGGGAGUGCAGGUUUGCAGGCUUCGUCCUCUGCAGUACCACGGACAUCUGGGAGACCAGAAGUGGGCUUGGGCUGUGGAAGGAAGCUGGUACUCUGAAAGCGAGAGACAUAGGUGCAAGGGGUUACCAUUUGAAUUCGGUUUGUGCUGAUGGGGGUGCCGGGGCGUACAAAGUUGCUUUGAACCCUGGAAUACGUCCGUCAAGCUAUAAAGCUUCUCAGAAUCCAGACAGUGGAGGCUGGACGGUCAUCGGGCAUAGGUCGCUGGCUGUAGGAACUCGCCUGGCGAGAUUUUUGCACAAAUGUUCUCGCAUACUACCUGCGAGUAUCCAUGGGUCGACCCUCUCAGGAGAAGUUGUCAAGUGGGAGAUCGACGAGGAACAUCUGAAUGCUUGGCUAGGGGGAAAAACUUGCGUUCCUAACGUUGGUGCCACGAUGAGGCAGAUAAACAUCAAGGACUGUCAGGAUAGACUCAUUCAUAUGUGCAUGAUUGUUGCUCUGUUCGUGUCGAAGGAUCUUAUGUUGAAUUGUUGGCUGGGAGAGCGUCUUUUCAUGGAAAAGCUCACAGAUGGUGAUCGUGCAUGCAACAACGGUGAUUGGCAAUGGAGUAGACCCAGUGUCUUACUUCCGGAUCUUCAAUCCUCAUACACAGUCCUCCAAGGCAAAUCCAACGGAAAGAUAGGUUUCGCAAUACCCGGAGAACCAUCGUGGUCGACUCUUGUGGACGUAACGAACCAACACCUACAUCCUUUCCUGUCUGGCAGACUCGAGGGCUUGUCCCCAGAUCAACCGUGCGAUAUCAUAUCUGCCCGUUCCUUACAACUUCGAAAUGUCGCCAAACCCUAUGGAAGGCCCACACCGGCGUCACGACAAGCAGCCGAGGCUGGCUCAGUCACGCUCGCGGAUAUGUUGUGUUGCAAGUCGACGGAGUUCACAAUUGCAAUUAGUGCUCGGUUUGGGAUUGAUGAAAUUCAGGCUUUUGUUCUACUUUUUUCUCCUUCGUGCACAUACCUAGCAUGGGCCUUCGUUCUGUCGCGGUUGACAUCAAAAGCUGGUCAAUUGAAAGAGAUUCCAGAAUCGUAUCGCAGGUUUUUAGACUCCCUGCAUCCGCACCACAAUCGCUCUAAGGAAUGGGAGCCAUCGCAUCACAUUGAAGAUCAUUUUCCCUUAGGCUUUGUCAUUGCAAUGGCUGAAUUGUUCCCUGUUGAACUCAUUACCGACUUCGGCUCUUUGGUUGAAAUCUGGAUUGCGCUGUUUGGGCGCAGCGAGUGUCAAUCUAUAGCAGGGAUAUGCCUACAAUUUUGGCAAUCGGAUUGGCGGCAGGGCCUUGCAUGUCGCGCCAUGUUUGAUGUUACACGAAUACGCUUACCAAUCCACUUCCGGCCGCUCAUCCGCCUUCUUCGAGCAAUGACUGCGUCUGGAUUCAUUCAUACUGAUCUACUAUCCACUGCGGCAUCGUCCGGCCAACCUCCUGCUGACGAAACACAGGCUGCCAGUCCAUCCUUCGCAUACACAAACCUACGUGCUAUUCACCUUCCUGGAGGCUCCGUGAUGCCUGCGCGCUCGAAGGGUUGGUUGUUGAGUGGGGAUGGUGGGGAUCAUAUUGCGGUGUGUUGGCAACAUGAGCACGGCGGAUGGAAGGUGGUUUUGGACAUGCUUACUGAGUACGUAACUCAGCGGAGGAUGUACACGGGCACCGUGGACCUAUACCAGGACGUUGCCUUCGGCCGUACAAGCCCUGGAUCUAUUCCUUUGACGCUAAGGCUUGAAGACGUCGGGAUGGAGAUCGAUGAGGGGGAUGAUGAAGCACAGGAUAAAUCACACCAGGAAUACAAGACAAGAGAGUCGUCUGUAGAUAGUUGA